UAAAUCGUCAUCCAUGUCGACAGCAUCCAGCUUACGACAUCUUCCUGACCUCAUCUCUUCUCUCUCUUCUCUUUGACUUUCUCUCUGCAACCCUCUAAUGGCGAUUUCACACUUCUAAUUUUUCCUCUCUUUUCCAUGUAAUAAUUUCCUCUCUUUUUCUCCCAGUCUUCACCACCAUGAAUUCUACAUCUAUUCUCACAGAUUCAAAUGAUAACAGUGGUGGAAGUAUCAGUAUAGAACAUGAAAACAUUACACCGGAAAUCACAGCUUUGAGAAGACUAUCAACUAACCUAGAAUCAACAUUCCAGUCAACAGAUUUUGAUUUCUGUUCUGAUGCUAAAAUCGUUCUUUCUGAUUCGCGUGAAAUCUCGAUUCACCGUGUGAUUUUGGCUUCUAGGAGUCCGUUUUUUAAAACUCUUUUUGGGAAGGAUAAAGAUGAGAAGAAAUUUGAGGUGAAGAAAUUGAUGAGUGUUGGUGUUGUUGAUGUUGGUUUUGAUUCGUUGAGUGUGGUGUUGUUUUAUUUGUAUACUGGGAAAGUGAAGCCGUUGCCUAGAGAAGCUUCUGCUUGUGUUGAUGAAGAAUGUCAACAUAUUGGGUGUAGACCUGUUGUUGAUCUUAUGAUUCAAGUUCUUUAUGCUUCUCAUGUCUUUCAGAUUCCUGAAUUGGUUAGUCUUUUUCAGCGCCGCCUGCUAGAUAUCCUUGGCAACGUAAUAGUGGAUGACAUAAUGGUGAUUUUGUCUGUUGCAAAUAUGUGUGACAAGAUUUGUGAGAAAUUAGUUACAGCGUGCAUUGAUAUUAUUGUUAAGUCUCAUAUAGAUUCUGUUACUCUUGAGAAGGGAUUGCCCCCUGAUAUUUUUAAACAAGUAAUGGAUUCCCGUUUGGAGUUGGGCCCAGUUGAUACUGAAAUUGAUGAAAAAGCGGCUAGGCGUAUAAGGACAAUGCACAAGGCAUUGGAUUGGGAUGACGUUGAGUUAAUUGAAAAGUUACUUAAAGAAGGGAAUACAAAUCUGGAUGAAGCCAAUGCAUUACAUUAUGCUGUAGCAUACUCUGAUGCACAAACUACGGAAGCGCUUCUUAAGAUGGGACUCGCUGAUGUCAAUCGUAGAAAUCAAAGAGGAUACACUGUUCUGCAUGUUGCUGCAAUGCGGAAAGAACCAGGUAUAAUAGCGUCCAUUGUAACAAAGGGGGCCCGACCAACUGAUCUUACACCAGAUGGAAGAAAAGCACUUCAAAUUGCAAAGAGGCUAACAAAGUGGGUUGAGUAUCACAAGUUCACAGAUAGAGGGCAAAAAGCACCCAAGGAACGUUUAUGCAUAGAGAUUUUGGAGCAAGCAGAAACUAAUGAACCACUAGGUGGGGAAGCUUCCCUGUCUCUUGCUUUGGCAGGCGAUGAUCUGCGUGAGAGAUGGGUAUACCUUGAAAACAGAGUUAAGCUGGCCAAACUUUUUUUUCCUGAGGAAGCACAAGUUGCCAUGGACAUUGCACAAGUGAAAGGAACUUUGGAGUUCCUAGCAGAUGCCAAUUGCAAGGAAUUACCUGGUGGCGAAAUAGUUCCUCUGAAUUUAAAUGAAGCACCUUUUUUUAUGGAAGAGUUGCAUCAUAAUAGGAUAGCAGCACUCUCAAGAAUGGUUGAUUUUGGGAAGCGAUACUUCCCUCGCUGUUCAAACGUACUUAACAAGAUUGUGGAUACGAAGGACUUGUUGGAUCUUGCAGAUCUUAAAAAUGGUUCGCAAGAGGAGCAACAAUUGAAAAAGAAGAGGUUCCUGGAGAUCCAAGAUAGUUUGAAAGAUGCAUUUGAUAAAGACAAGGUGGAGUAUGAUCAGUGUAAAGCUAAUUCAGCAUCGUCCUCCUCGGCAUCCAAGGGACUUGCCCAACGUCAGUAUAAAUCAUCAAAAAAGAGGAAGAAAUGAUCGAAGAAAUUAUUUGGUAUGUUCAAUCAAUUUAGAGAAGACCCUGACAGUGAUUGGAGUCUUAACACAAUACUCUCACCAGCUUCAUCAGGCCGAGACAAUUCUGUAAUCUCAUAUACAGAUGAUGAGUACCCAACAGGAGGAUAUUUUGGGCACUAUGAAGAAUCUGACAUGUCCUUAGCUUCAGAAAGAACCAGCUCAGAACAAAUUUAUGACCCUGAAGACACGCUCCCUUCCUUGCAGCCUAUCAAGAAUCCUUGCAAAUUCAUCGCCUCAGACUGUGAAGCUGAUUUCCUAUCCGAUUCAGCAACAUCAAACCCAUCUAGCACCUUAAGAGGACAAGGUGUUAAAAGACCAAAUCCACAGCAACAGAUGUAUUUCCUCAACUCUGAAGCAGGUCCUUAGUCUGGCCUCAGAAACUUUAGGGGGGUUACUACUGAAUAUUAUGAGCAAUGGACUAAGCAGUUUGAACCUGCAAAGAGACCCAGUAUAGAAGAAGCCGUUGCUGCAGAUCCUGCUACUUUACCCGAGCUAAUUGAAGCUACUUCCAAGACAAUGAUUAAACCAGACUCUACGUCAAGCCAAUUAUGGAAUCUGUUAGACAACUGCAACAUUGCAACUGCACCUUCAGAUAACAACACACAUCAGCAACAGCAAGACCAGCAUCAAUUAUUCACACAGACCAAGAGUACGGAUCAUGACUAAAGCUACUUUCGAGAGUUACAGAACUAGAACUUUUCUGAACACACUCAAGCAUUGCCUACUAUGUCACAUCUGAUGGGCCGGUGGAUUUUCACUCCUCAUCUUAUUUGAGUCUUUUGGGUAUAGCUUUUUUGCAUUAGUAUAGGUUAAUCUCUUUUAUGUUUAGUACCUGUUUUUUAGAACUAUAAACUACUCUAGGUUAUGUUUGCCUAAGCAUGUAGUUUAUCGGUACUCUGCCUGCAGAGAUAGUUUGCAUCUUGCUCUGUAAUCAUGGUAAUGCUUGCAUAUAUAACAUAAGUAUUAGUAUUUUCUUGUGGCUGUCUUUUGGCUGUAGCUGCACUUACUAACCUCGUCUUGUAAUCUGUCUCUCUUGCUGUAGCUUUGCAUUCGUCUUUUCUAAUUCCUUGAAUUUGGAUAAUCUCUUUAUCUUUGAAGCUGUAUUUUCAUUUUAUUUUGUUUCGAGUCUAAUAGAUACUGACUAGGGCCUCAUUUUUUUUCA